AUGGCUCAGGAGACGAAGGGAAUCCCUCGACUGGUAUUAGAAGCAGUUAUUGGUUUCAACGGUCAUGUGCCUUCUGGCCUCAGACUCCAUCCAGACAGAGAACACCUGAUUUAUCCUCUUGGAUGCACAGUUGUUUUGAAGAGAAUAACAGAUGGCAAGCAGGACUUCUUGCAUGGACACACAAACAACGUUUCCUGUGUUUCAGUGUCCAAAAGUGGAUCAUACAUUGCCUCCGGGCAAGUCAACUACAUGGGCUUUCAGGCAAUAGUGAUUAUCUGGAGCUUUGCACAGAGAGCCAUUCAUGCCCAACUGCAACUCCACAAGGCCAAGGUUGAGGCACUCUCUUUCUCUCCCAAUGACAAGUACUUGGUGUCUCUUGGGGGACAAGAUGAUGACAGAAUAAUUGUUUGGAAUAUCGAGACCAAGCAGGCUAUCUGUGGAAGCCCAGCUUCGGGUCGUGCCGCCGGUCACAGCAUCACUGUCCAGUACUCAAACACAGAUGACAACAUUUUUGUCUCAGGUGGAAAGGAAACUCUUCGAGUAUGGGAACUCGAUCUCGCCAAUCGAAAAAUAAGACCCACAGACUGUAACACAGGCAAGCUAAAGAGGAUUGUGAAAUGUAUUGAGAUAUCUGAGGAUGACAAGUUCAUUUUCUGUGGCACCACCAGUGGAGAUAUUAUGAAAAUAAAUCUGAAGAUGGCGAUUCUGAGUGACUGUGGUCCAGUUAAAUCAAGAUUUUGCCAAGGUGUCAGUGCCCUCAAGGUUCUGAAAUCUGGACACCUGCUGCUGGGCACUGGAUCUGACACCUUGGCUCUGUGCACCACAACAAACUUCAAAACUCUUAAGACAGUCAAGCUGGAAAAGGGGGUGACUUCCAUCGCUGUAAGGGAAGACGAACAGCAGUUCUUUGUUGGAACAGAAGCUGCGCAGAUGUAUCGCUUAAAUUAUGAGAACUUCGAAGCUGAACUCAUGUCCACCAGCCACAGUAGUGCUGUCAAUGACGUUGCCAUCCCAUUUGCUACAUCUGAACUGUUUGCAACCUGCUCACAUGAGGAUAUCAGAUUGUGGCACAAAGACAGGCCCAAAGAGCUGCUGCGGAUUACAGUUCCUAAUGUGACCUGCAAUUCCCUGGACUUCAUGGCUAAUGGACAAAGCAUCAUCAGUGCAUGGAAUGAUAAUAAGAUUCGUGUGUUUACACCUAAAAGUGGACGCCUUAUGCUCAUCAUAAACAAUGCACACAAAAUGGGUGUGACAGCCAUCGCUGGAAGCAAGGAUUGCAAAAGGAUUGUCAGUGGAGGGGGAGAUGGACAGGUACGUGUUUGGGAACUGCUUCCACAUGGCCACCGUUUGCUGGAGAUCAUGAAAGAGCACAAAGCCACAGUCUCUUGUGUCCAAAUCAAAAGCAACGACAAAGAGUGUAUCACUGCCAGCUCUGAUGGGGCCUGCAUCGUCUGGGACAUAGUUCGAUUUGUAAGCCUGCAGAUGAUGAUUGCAAACACUCUGUUCCGGACCGUGUGCUACCAUCCAGAGGAAUACCAGAUCAUCACCAGUGGCACAGACAGAAAGGUUGCUUACUGGGAUGUUUACGAUGGCUCUAUCAUCAGAGAACUGGAGGGCUCCCAGUCUGGGGCUAUCAAUGGCAUGCACAUCACGCACGACGGAAAAUACUUUGUGACAGGUGGAGAUGACAAGCUAGUGAAGGUUUGGGACUUCAUGGAGGGGGAGAUAACCCAUGUUGGCAUAGCUCAUGGUGGCAGCAUCACCAGCAUGAAGAUCUGCUCUAACAGCAACAUCCUGGUCAGCACCAGUGCAGAUGGUGCUGUUCUGCGAUGGAAAUUCCCCCACUCCCCGUCCUGAUGUAGAAACAGAAAAUGUUAAUCAACUAAACUCAUUCACGAUUUAUUUUUAAUCAUUUGUUAUGUUUUUGGAAGUUAGACCCUUUGUGUUUCCUUUGAACCUGCAGAAUUUACAUUUACAUCAAUAGUUACAUCAAUACUGCGGAAUGAAUUGAC